ACGGAAUAGGAAAAGUAAGGGCUCCUGGAGCACAGAAGAUUUGGGGAUCCCAGGAAGCACACGGGAUCGGAGAUCAUAAUUGCUGAGAUGAGUCAGAAGUCACAGUAGGGUUUUAUGCUCUCCAGGACAGGAGGAAGAGUUCAGAGACUGACGCUGUAGUCCAACAGCAGUCGUGGACCUGAGCCACUGGUUGGCUACCUGAACCUAGACUCCAGCUAGGAGCUUCAAAGUUGGGAGUCCUUGCUGAGAAAGAUGUUUUCGCUAAACAUGCCACCAGAUCCGAAAGAAAUGGCAGCCAUUGAGGCUAGAAGAAAUCGAGAAAAGGAGCGACAGAAAAGAGUCUUUGAUGUGCGGACCCGAGUCAUGGGGGUGGAUGUUGGAGCCCUGAACAGCCAGGUGGAAGAGCGGAAACUUCGGGAGGCAACAGAGAGGAGCAAGGAGGAAGCUUACGGUACCAGCCAGGUACAGUAUGAUCUGGUAGCCCAGAUGCUAGAGAAGGAAGAAGCAGAACGGACACGUCGGCUGGCCAGAAAAGUCCAGGAUUUUCGGGAGCAGAAGCAGCAGAACAAGAGUAGGCGUGAAUUUGACCUUUGGGAUCCAAACCAACUCUGGAAGGGGUUUCCAGGCCUUCAUAGUAACAAUGAUCCCUACUGCGGCCUGGCCAGCAUGCAGUGCUUCUCUGGGGAGGACCUGGAGAAGGCCACAUGCCUGAGAAUGCAGCAGGAGCAGUUCAGGUGCAGUCUGGAGAAGCAGAUACAGGAGCGACAGCAAGCCAGGAUUGAUGAAAUGUAUAUAGAUGAUCUCCAUGACAAGCUGCGCCUAGCCAUGGAAACAAGGGCCGCCCAGUUGGCCAAGCUGGAGGAGUCCUGUCGCAUAUCCAUGAGGUGUGCCAUGGCCAACGCCAACAAAGCCCAGGCAGCUGAGAUGGCUGAGCAGCGGUGCCAUGAGUAUCGGCGUGAACAGGAGGCCAACUUAAAGGAGAUCCAGAACCAGAUCAAGAGUGACCUACUGAGUGAGAAACCCCAGGUUACCCAAUACUCUGGGGCUCCCUGCCCGGUCCUGCCCCAUCGCUGGAAGGGCAUGACUGCAGAGCAGCGAGCUGUCAUCAGGAAAGCCCAGGAGGCGCAACGCCAUGAAAAGGAGGCACAGCGCCAGGCCGAACAAGCACGGGACGCCGAAUGGGAAAGCCAGGCCAAAUGCCUGGCCCAAGCAGCCAUGGAGCUAGAAGAGCAGGAGAGGGAAUUGUGUGCUGAAUUCCGGAGGGGGCUGGGCUCCUUCAACCAGCAGCUGGCUAGCGAACAAAGAGCCCAUCAGAAUUACCUGAAUUCAAUAAUCUAUACCAACCAACCUACGGCUCAAUAUCACCUACAGUUCAACACCAGCAGCCGCUGAGCUCAAGAUGGUCAUCUCUUCCUUCCCCCCACCCGCAUCAAGUUCACAGGA